CGAGGUUAGUCGCGAACCACGCGCGCUCCACACCGCGUCUUGCGAACCCUCCGAAUUAAAAAUUCGAGUUCUUCCGAGUCGCCGAGUACGUCCGAGUCGCUCCGAGUUUUCCGACUCCUGAAAUGAUUUGAACUCCCCUAGUGUUGUGCUUGGUGUGAUAAGAAAAAAACACCAAAAUGCCGAUUGGUAACGUGAGUCGGGAAACAGGCCCCAAACGGGAAAACUACAGGCCCCCAUGGGUGAAGGACAAGGACAGUGAGGCCCCGCCGCCAUGGACCCAGCGGAAACUGAAGCCUGUGGAGACCAAGGCCCCGAGUGAGGUCUCAAAGGAUGCCCCCGCUCCAAGUACGCGAACAUUGAAACCUGUCCUGAAGAAACAGUCCACAGUCAGAGACAAAGCAGAAAAUGGUGUGUCAGAAACUGUAGAAGAAAAGCUAGUCAAACCCUCAGCGACGAAACUACAAGAGCGAUCCAAAGCAGCAGAAGAAAGGGCCUCUAAGUUUACAAAAUCAGCCUUGAAGUCUAUAGAGACAAUCCCAAAACUAGAAGACAAACUAAGUUUGAAUGAAAAAGGCAACAAUAAGGCCAAUGACAGACCCGUGGAAAAACCAACUUUGAGAAGCGUCAGAACAAUUGAUGAUAAAGCUAAAGAAAAAUCUGUUACUAUCGCUGACAAAAAGCCAGAAAAGAACGGGCCAACUAAGCCUAGUAGUAUUACAAAUGAGAAAGUAUUGAAUAAAACCAAUAGCACGGUAAACGAUAAACCUUUAUCGAAGACUAAUAAUGCUGUAAAUGAUAAACCAACACCUAAAUCUUCUGUAAAUGAGAAACCGUUAAGUAAAACCAGUAAUAAUACUACUGAAAAACCUACAGUUAAAAAUAGUACUGCAGUAAAUGAUAAAACUAACAACGUACCCUAUGAAAGACCGAUUAAUAAGAAAUUUGGCACAGUAGUGCCUAAAUCUACUACUGCAAAUGAUAAAGACAGUAAUGACAAAAGUGUAGUAAAUAAAAGUGCUAAAGAUACUAAAGUAGAAACAAAGCCAGUAAAUAAAGCUAGUGAAAAAGUCAAAACCGAAAAUAAAUCCGAAGAACCAAAAAUGGCUACCAAACCGCCUACGCCAUUGGACAAAACACCUAAGCUGCCUCCUCGGAAGCCCUCAUUGACGAAGCAGCCUUCGAAAGAUGACAUGGGACCAGUGAAGAAAUGGAGAGAUCCUCUACAUGAAAGAGUUAAAGAAAAUAUAGAUAAGACUUUAAAUAAUGAGAUUCCCAAAGGACACACACUCACAAAGAAUGAAAGCUUGAGAAGCUUACUAAAGCCGACCCCGCCGCCGAUGCCGCCGCCCCUGCCACCGAAGAUGCCUCCGCCUCCAGAGUUCAAGAAGGCGCCGAUAGACCCCAACAAACUGAAGAAGAUAGAGCAACUGCGCAGCCGACCCCGGAGGCGACCGGACUGGAGCGACAUGAUGAAGGAGGUCGAGCAGGGGAAGAAACUCAAACACGUUGUUUGUAAUGACAGGUCAAGUCCAAUCAUCACAAGGACGGCAGUAGUAAAGAACAAAGAUCAGUUUAUCUUCGAGUCAGAGAAGCCAAACUCCCACAAUGAGUUGUUGAAGGAAAUCUCUAAGGGUGUGAGAUUGAAGAAGACAAAGACUAAUGACAGAAGUAAACCAAACCUUGAGGGCUUGAGGAAGUUCAGAAGACAGAUGACCAUUGAGGAGCAAGUGCAAAAGUCCAUGUCUCAAGCAAACUUGGCUGCGUCACCGUCUGGAGUAGCGCUGGCAGAGGUCCCCGCAGCGCCUGAAGAAGAUGAAAUUGAUGAGAUGGAUGACAUUGACAAGGUCCGAGAUGACCUUCAAUCUACUAAACAGCUGCUGGCCAUUGAACUUAGAAAUAAGGAAGCUCAAGAGAGAGAGAACAAACGACUCCUAACUAGGAUACAGAAUUUAGAAGCAGAGUUAGCAAGAGAACGAGCUAUCAUCAAACAGGAACAACAUAAGACAGUUAUUUCUGUAACAGACGCGUAUGAUGAGAGACUAGUGAAUAAUCUAAAGAUGGAAGUAGAAAAAACGAAGGAGAAUGCUGAUUCUUUAGAGAAACGGUACCUAGAUGCCGCCGAAGAAAGAGACACGGCGCUCACAGAGAACGAAGAGUUAAAGAGAAGAAAUGCAGAGUUAGAAAAGAAAUUAGAACAGGCUCUUGCGGGUAUAAUGCCAACAUUAGGUGGAUCAAGAAGAUCGAGCCACGCCAUCAGGCAACAGUUGUCUGUUACCAAGGAUGACAGCUUCGAAGAGGAGUCCGAAUCUGAACCAGAAGAGGAGGAGAGCGAAGAAAAGAAACAGAAGAGACUAGAAAAGGAGGUCCGCAACAUGAGGAACAAGAUCCGCCACCUGAAGGAGAAGCAGGACAACAUGAAGCGCGAGCGCAUGGCGUACAAGAUGUCGCUCAAGAACCAGCAGGCCGCGCUUAAGGAAGAGAAACGGAAAUACAAAGAAUUGAAGCGUGAAGUAGACAAGAUGGCGGCGAUGAUGAAGGAGGUCGGGUCGGAUGACGAGGAGGAGGAAGAGGAGGAGGAGGAGUCGGAGGACGAGAAGAAGAGUGAGAGUGAGGAGGAGACUGAGACGGAGACCGAGCAGGACACUGAGAGCGAAACAGAGAGUGAGAGUGAACCUGAGGAUGCCCCCCUACCCAAGAAGAAGGAUAACCUAAACACGCGGUUGAAGCGUCACGAGUCCAGAGUUAAUGCGCUGAAGAAAGGCAACGCACUCCUGCAGGCCAACGUCGAUCGACUCAAGGACGACGUCUUGAAGCAAAGAGAAGAAUCCGUUCAGCUUCAAAAGGAAUUGGAUUCACUUAUUGAAGAUCUCGAAUAGAAUUACUAAUAAUUGAGUUCUAAAGCCAGUUUCAGGGCUUUUAUUCAUGUAUUUUCAUAUCACAUUAUUUAUUUAAAUAGGCGAUAAAAGUUUUUGAUAUUUCGAGUCCAACGUCAUAGUUGAUAACUGACAAAAAAGUUUACUUAUUAGCAAACGACUUUCAAAGUGUUCUCAAGUGAUCUUAACUAUAUAUAUGUAUGGUACCUACCUACUAUGGUGUUUCCAUACAAAAUGUACUCGCACCUACAUAAAAUUUUAUUGAAUAAUAGUAUUUUAUGCAACAGUUGUAUAAGAAGGGUCAAAAAAUGCGAGUGGCGUGAGUUGCGAUGUGAGCCUUGGCGAACAUCGCAAUAAGAGACGCCACGAGCAUUUUUUGACCUAGUUAUACAACGUUGCAUACAAUACUUUUUCUACGACGACGUAAUUUUAAAUGAAACAAAAAUUAUACAAAGAAAAAUUUUAUUUAUAAAAAUGAAGAUGUAAAUUUUGAAUGGUAUUGUGUGAUAUGGUAAUAUUGGGUACAUUGGUAGGUUUUACUGCAGUGUUGAUAUGUAGAUCGGUAUUUUGUCCAAUUUAUUUUCCAACGCGCGGGAAAAUGGCGGCAAAUGUAUACUUUUUUUUUUAUAGUAUAUCUAUGGCACCAAACAAAGUAAAGGUGCCAGUUUCCAGGUCAAAAAAAAAAAAACAACAAUGCUUUUUUUGGCGACAUUAUAGUACAGUUACACUUUGUAAACAAUGCUUUUAUAGGCCAUAGAGCGUACACUUUUUCAAAGAGUUUAAUUAUGUAUGUACUUAUAUUAGACUUUUUGGUUAUUUAAAUGCCAGAUUAAAGUAGAGGAGUAGAAAAAAUUAUUA